AUGGGAAACUUCACCAUCGUAAAUGGUCAAAUCUACACGCCAGCAAACCUUCAAGUCGCGAUCGACGUAUCUGGCAAUGGUGCUCUGUCUUGGCCGCCAUCCGAAUCGGCGGAUGCGCCCACCCUCUUCCACAACAUCACCCUAUUUUUGACAUCGCAAUCAAAAUCGCACAACUUCACAAUCUCCAAUGGCACUGUCCCGGCUACCAAUACCACAGGUUAUGUCGGGCCAGUCUUAGAUCUUGAACCAUCUUCGACCGUCAAACACGUGAAUUGGAUCUGGCCCACGUGUUUUGUGGACGGGACGAGCAGCAGCAGCGACGGGACGUAUAACAUUUCGAUGCAUCAGUCUUUUCGCUGGAACGGCACCGAUUACUAUACUGUGUUUGACUGGCCCAUUUCAGUCACCAACAGCAUUCCCGAAAGUUCGGAGAGGGUGGAUUGCGCUUUGCUCGAGAAUAAGAUGCUCAACAAGGAUGCUGAGAGUUCAGACUCUCUUCCGGGUCAACCUUGGCUGACAAGUGAAGUGGCUACCAGUAGCACUCAAUCAGGCACGGCUGCAAGCGCUACUCAAAGCAGUGUGGGGUCGGGUGUUCGGAGAAAAGUAAAAGUGGCCCUCGCGGCAACCGUGUUGGUUAUGUUUUCGCUGAUGGGGUAA